CAGCAACCCUAACGAGAACAAUUCUGACGUCAGAUCCAUCUCUGGAUUGCAGCCAAUCACAGAUGUUUCGCAGUGUCGGUAGUGACCAACAGCGAACAUUCUCGAACGUAUUCAAUCGUGUCUUGAGAACGCUCGCAAGAGUUUUGAAACCUUAGACUUCAUAAACCAACAUGCCGGACAAAGAUGCCAGCACCCCGCGGGUGUUCCUCAUGCGCCAUGGAGAAACCGAAUGGACCAUCAAUGGCCGAUACACGGGCAAGUCGGAUAUUUCAAUGACGGCCCACGGCGAGCAUGAAAUCAUCGGCACAGGCGAGACAGUGUACGGACCUGGCAAAUUAAUCGAUCCCGCCAAAGUGGCCAAGGUCUGGCUCUCGCCGCGAAAGCGUGCGAUCAAGACCUAUGAAUUGUUAUCGGGUAAGACGGAUGGUUACGAGAUCACGGAAAGCCUGGCCGAAUGGGAUUACGGUCUUUAUGAUGGCCUGAAGACCAACGAGAUCCGCGAGCUUCGAGCUUCCCAUGGCCUGGACAAGGAACGAAGCUGGGAUAUCUGGCGCGACGGCUGCGAGGAAGGAGAGACCCCCGCCCAAGUCACUGCUCGGAUCGAUCAAUUGAUUGCCGAGAUUCGGGCUCUGCAGGCACCUCACAUGAAGGAUGAUGCUCCGAAGGAUGUCAUCCUCGUUGCACAUGGUCAUCUCACCCGUGCUUUCGCGAAACGCUGGCUAGGAUAUGACAUGUCUUUUCCUCUCAGCCUGAUGAUGCAACCUGGCGGUGUCGGUAUUCUGAGCUAUCAGCAUCAUAACAUCGAUGAGCCGGCGCUGUUGCUUGGAAUCGGGUUUCCGAAACAGGAAUGACGAUGGAGAGAUUCCGCAUAACAUGUUUUUGGCCAUUAGCAUAGCAGAAACCUUUCGAGACUAUCCUAUGUAUGCAUAUCUCAAUGUGCACCUGCAUGCUGUGAAAUAUGCAAAUACAGAAAUACAUUGCAAGCAUUGUGAGGUCUCUCGCGGACGGGUUGAAGUCGAGAGGUGAC